AAUGUUUACAUUGGAGACAAAAUAGAACCACAUCUUCUGCUGUAUUAUUUCAUGGACAAUCUGUAAAUAUGUAAUUAAUGCAUAACUAUGCAGUGUGAGAAAAAGAAUGAAAUGAAAUGUACAUUUGCUUAUAAAUCUGAAUGUGGUCAAUCAUUACAUUAUGCUUCAAAUGUCCCGUGUAUCCAUAUAACCAAAUGUGACAAACCCACAAGUACCCAUUUACGUAGUCUUGGGUGUAACUCCACGGACUAUGAACUACCAGAAGGGCUUUUAAUAUUGUACAGAAGUGGGAUAUUUUCAAUAGACUGUUCUUCAUGUGACAUUUACAUAUGCCCGAAACACAGGGAUGAUUUUGGAAUAUAUUGGAGGCGUCAAACGAGAAAGUGCCAGUCACCUACACAUCCAGACCAGAGUGUUGCAAAACCAAGCAGGGGCAUACCAGCAUCAGUAUGCAAAGAGCUGUGGAUGACAAAGAGAAUAUCUCUGCCAGUUGGUUCAGGAAUAUGUUACUCAUGCAUCAGAAAGUAUCCUGUAUCUCAAGACAGCAAGCAGGCUUUGAUAACUGAUAUUGGAAAAUUUAACGACAGUUCAGAAAGACUAUUCACAACAGAAACAGGAAUUUCGAAUGCAGAAGAAUCUGAUAAUUUAGCUUUCACCAAUUCAGAAUGUGACUUUCUACUAUCAUCACAAUCCACUCAGACAUUUUCCCAGACCACGACAUCUGAUUGGGAAGAAGAAAACAUGGCUCCAAGAGAGAUUUUCAAUGCUGCAAUGAAAAUGCUUUCCAGAAAUUUUCCUGCCCUAAAUUCACAGCUACAGUUGCCAUGGACUAGCCUCUCAAAAAGUUCAUCCUCAUAUUAUACCAAAAUAAUUACAGAAGCUAUCCAGUUGAUUGCACAGUAUGUUGCACCAGGUCAAGAAAAUAAUCUUUUGACAGAUGUGUGCAAGAAGUGGAUAUCAUUAAAAGAAGACAAACCUGACACAAUGACUGAGGCACUGAUUGCAUCCUAUCAACAGCAGAACAACAGAUUAAGUCAGAUGCAAAUUUUAUCCCUAUUUGCAAAUAAGCAUACAAAGGAAAGAUUAAUGGAACUGGUACCAGGACUUAGUGUUUUUAAAAUUGAUGCUGCCCGAAGACAUGCAACACUAACAUUUCCAGGACAAUUAAUAAAUCCACCAAAGGUCUACCGUUCCAGAUUGAGCAUGCCAAGAGUAAUGCAUUUCAUUGAAUUUAUUUCUUGCCCCACUUACCAUCAGGCUGUUGGUUAUGGAUCCAAGACCUUAAAAUUGUCAUCUGGAUUAGAGAUAACUAUACCUAAGGUUGUAAGAAAUGUAAUUGCAUCUAGACUUGUGAGUGCAUACAGCCAAUACUGCAAUGAUGAGGGUUAUGAGUGCCUAGGCAGAUCCACACUGUUUAACAUUGUUAAGGCUUGUGCAGCAUCACAAAAGAAAAACAUGCAUGGACUUGACAAUAUCACUUCUGAAGGUAUGCGUGCAAUUGAUAUUCUACUUAAAAUUGUGUCCAAAUUGGAAAUGUUUGGUUUAUCUUCUGAAGUUUGA